UUUCUUUACUUUCGAAAUUCUGAAAGACUAAGAAAAAAUAAAAUUAUUUAAAACAAAUAUCAUGUUUUUAAUUAUAUUGCACUAAACUUUAAAUCUAGGCGCCCUAUUAUAUGUAUAUUCUUCAGAGGUUAUGCACGAGCUUUAGUGUCGCAGUCCGUAAAGGUCGUCAUCUCAGAGCUGACGAGAAAGAAAAAAGAAAGACGACAACAUUUUAUCAAAAAAAAUAAGUAUUAACAUUAAAGAAUGUCAAGGUUACUACAAUUAAUUCGUCCUCAAGGAAUUAAGAGAGGAUUGACGUUUCUAAAACCGAAAGAAACUAAUACAUACAUUAAAAUUAAUAAAAGUGAUUCAGUAACUAAAAGCACUGAUAAAUAUGAAGUGAAAGGUACAUGGGUCAGUUACGGAUACUAUGACGACGAUGAAAAGAAAGAUCGUCAAGCUAUGCAUCUAUCAUUCUUUUUCUCUAUAUCUAUAACUCUUAUCUUAAGUUUUCUUAUACUCGGAAAUACACCAGACCCAUUUUUGAAAGAUUGGGCUCAACGAGAAGCAUAUUUACAACUACGUUAUAAAGAAGAACAUGGUUUACCACCAAUUGAUCCAAAUUUAAUCGAUCCGUCAAAGAUAAAACUGCCAACUGAAGAAGAACUAGGUUAUACCGAAAUAAUUAUUUAAAUGUUCAUUUAAAACACUGAAAAAGUUGCAAGGAAGACUAGCCAUUUUAGUUAUUAAAAUAAAAAUCUGUUAUUCCGUGAAUAUUUAUACAACAAUGUCUAAUACAAGGUUGACCUGUACAAUAUUUAAUAAAUGAUUUUUAUCUAAAAUGA